AUGGACGGAAUGGCGGUGGUCGGCGAGCUGUUCGGAGCCGGAAAAAUGUUCCUUCCGCAAGUGAUCAAAUCGGCAAGAGUGAUGAAGAAGGCCGUGGCCCACCUCCUCCCGUUCAUGGACGCCGAACGACAAGCGAACAUUGAGAAAAUGGGACUAUCGGAGGAGGAGAGUCCGUACCAGGGCACCGUGGUGAUUGCCACCGUCAAAGGAGAUGUUCACGACAUCGGAAAGAACAUCGUGGCCGUCGUGCUCGGCUGCAACAACUUCAAAGUGGUAGAUUUGGGAGUGAUGACUCCGUGCGAGACUAUUAUCAAGGCAGCGAUCGAGGAGAAGGCCGACUUCAUCGGGCUCUCCGGACUGAUCACUCCGUCGUUGGACGAGAUGGUGCACGUGGCGAAGGAGAUGAACCGAGUGGGACUCAAGAUUCCUCUUCUCAUCGGAGGAGCGACGACGUCGAAAACGCACACGGCAGUCAAGAUUGCUCCGAGAUAUCCACACCCGGUUGUGCACUGUCUCGACGCCUCCAAGUCCGUCGUCGUCUGCUCGUCACUCUCCGAUUUGACAGUCCGUGACGCGUUCUUGCAGGACUUGGACGAGGAUUAUGAAGAAGUAUGUCGCGAUCUUCAAUCUUGACUUGUUUUAAAAGUAUUUUCCAGGUUCGUCAAGAACACUACGAAUCCCUGAAAGAUCGCCGUUUCACAGCUCUUGAGAAGACGAGAGAGAAGAAGUUCAAGAUUGACUGGAACAAGUUCUCGCCCGUCAAGCCGUCGUUCCUCGGUCGUCGCGAAUUCCAAGACUUUGACCUGAACGAACUGGUCCCGUACAUUGACUGGAAGCCCUUUUUCGAUGUCUGGCAACUGAGAGGCAAGUAUCCGAAUCGCAGCUAUCCGAAGAUCUUCAACGAUGCCGACGUUGGAGCGGAAGCGAAGAAAGUGUUCGAUGUAAGUGACACUUUACAUUUCGUACUAUUAUGCUCUUAUUUUUCUAGGACGCGAAAGUUUGGCUGAGGAAGCUGAUCGACGAGAAGAUCCUCGUAGCGAACGCCGUCAUCUCUUUCCUUCCCGCCUCUUCCGACGGCGACGACAUGCACGUUUACGACCCAGAGACUGGCAACAAAUUGGAGACCUUCUACGGACUGCGACAGCAAUCCGGAAGAGAGCACGACCAGUCACACUUCUGCCUCUCUGAUUUCAUUCGGCCAUUGAACAACGGUAAGAUUCCCUCGACUUUCUUCCAUUAAUUUUUUUUCUUAAAUCAAAAAGUUGCAGGCGUUCCUGACGAUUACCUGGGUCUGUUCGCGUGCACCGCCGGUCUCGGAGCGGAGGAAUAUUGCAAAACGCUCGAGAAAAACCACGACGACUACGCGUCAAUCAUGGUGAAAGCGCUCGCGGAUCGUCUCGCGGAAGCGUACGCGGAGUACCUGCACAAAGAAGUUCGAACUACGCUCUGGGGAUAUUCGACGAACGAGCGGCUGACCGAAUCCGACCUGCUCUCGAUCAAAUACGAGGGAAUCCGUCCGGCGUGCGGAUAUCCGUCGCAGCCGGAUCACACCGAAAAAGUGGCACUUUGGAAGCUGCUGGAGGCCGAUAAGGCCGGAAUUGUGCUCACGGAGCACUUGGCCAUGCUGCCAGCCGCCUCGGUCUCCGGACUUUACUUUGCCAAUCCGGAGAGUCAGUAUUUUGCAGUCGGAAAGAUUGAUGAAGAUCAGGUGAGAAUUGAGAAAAGAACAUGGAAUGUACAGUAAUUCUCUUCUAGGUGACCGACUACGCCACCAGAAAGAAGGUGCCAAAGGCAGAAGUGGAACGAUGGCUCUCGCCGAUCAUUGGCUACGAACUGGACUGA